AUGUCUCAAAACGGUCAAUUCAUACCUUUCGAGGCUCUCCCGCUAGAUCCCAGUGGCCCGCGUGGAAAUGCUUGGGGUCGAUUUGGACCAAACGAUGAGCUUGGCACAUUGAACCUCCUUACGCCGGAGCUCAUUGUUGAGGCUGCAAAGGAGAUUCAGACGGGCAUUCGCAUAUCACUCGACUGGCCGCUCAGUAUGCCAAGCUAUCCCAGCUUCGAUCGCAAUCCUUUCAAGCAGGAGCUAGUUCUGCGCCAUCCGAAUUGCGUUUAUGAUGAUAUUCUGACUUUUAAUAGUCAAGGGUCAACACAGUGGGAUGGGUUCAGACAUUAUGCAAAUCAGAAGAUGCGCCGCUUCUAUAACGGACACACGACGGACGAGAUUGAGAAUUCCGAUGUGAUCGGUCUGCACAUCGUUGCCGAACAUGGCGGCAUGACAGGCCGUGGCGUUCUACUUGAUUUCGCCGAUUGGGCCGAAUCAAACGCAGUUUCUGUUUCAGCUCUCGAAUCGCAAGCCAUCACCCUCGAUAAUCUUAAGCAAGUGGUCAAGGACCACCAACUCGAAUUCCGGAAGGGUGAUAUUUUGUUCAUCCGGAGCGGUUUCACUGCGGCAUACAACGCAUUGAAUGACCAACAGCGGCGAGAUCUUCCGAAUCGCCCAGCACCAGAUUUUAUCGGCGUGGAAGCGACUGAAGGAAUGGUCCGAUGGCUAUGGGACCACCAAUUUGCCGCCGUGGCUGGCGAUGCACCGAGCUUCGAACGUGCUCCUAUCCGUGGCACUCACGCAGAUCCGAAUUUCAAUUUGCACGAGUGGGUAUUGGCAGGAUGGGGGACGCCAAUUGGGGAGAUGUUUGAUUUGGAGAAGCUCUCUCAGCACUGCAAGGCUACAGGGAGAUAUAGCUUCUUCCUGUCAAGUAUGCCCCUCAAGGUCGUUGGGGGAGUUGCCAGCCCCCCAAAUGCGUUUGCUAUUUUCUAG